GCCUGUGUGUGAGCAAGAGGACCCUUCUCCAAUCACAGCUGGAUCCUGCUCCCUCCAUGCCUUUUCUAACCGCCCCCAGACUGUUUGCUAGUCCCAAAGGACCAUGACCUACAGACUCUGAAGAGCAAGGGGGUUUAGCCGGAGCGCAGGAUCUUCUGUUAGAGAAAAAGGAAACUGAGAAGGUCGCCCCUGGGCAGCCAGCAGGGAAUCACUGGGCAGAGUCCUAGUCAGAAAAGGAGGGGCUCAUACUCUAAUGUAGGCGGACAGAGUCCUCCCAGGCCAUUUGCCUGGAAACCCAGAGCGGCAGACUGGUACUGGCUGAAAGGUACCUUCACCUCGUGGUGCAGAGUAAAUCUGGGUUGCGAGAGACCCAGGAAAGAGACCUUGGAGUCUCACUGGGGGGAGCAGCCCAUGUAUGGGGAGCUCAGUGUCAAGGUUCCCACUUGGGAGACAGAAAUUUGGAAUCAGGAAAAAUUGCCCAUCCAGGCAGGGUAUGAAGAAAAGGCGCGUAUGCGGGUCGUGUGAGAAACGGACACUGCUCAUUGACGAAGCUGAAAAAACCGUUUGGCUAAAUAAAGGCUGAGUCCCAGGGAGGAUGUGAAAGAUGACUGACUGUCCUCAGAUGCCUUCGGAUCCUUCUACAGCAAAUAUUUCUUGCCCUCCCUGGGAAGAAACAUGCCAUCCUUCCCAAAGGUUAAGCCAUCGCUCAGCUGCUGAGUCUGGAAAGGACAUUGUGUGGGAAGAUCAUGAGCUGAUCUUUGCCUUAGAUGAUGAGGAAGCUCCAGCUCCAAACUCAGCCAACAAUUUUUUCUUUCAGGAAGAUGACUGCAAAGAGCCUACCUUCUGUGGAUCAUCCGCUCCUCUGUUUCCUCUUGAAUCAGAUUACUCACCUGCGCUCCCCAUUUCUCACUCCCUGUCUCCAACUCACUCAGCAUCUCAGAGAUCAACCGGCUUGGAAAACUCACACAGCCCCCAACCCUUAAUCAACUUGGUGAAAUCCCUCUCAACGGAAAUUGAGCCUCGGGAAAGUCCAUCUCUCAAACCCCAGCCUUUGUUGAGCUUGGUCAAAUCCAUUUCCACUGAAAUUUCUCGCUUGGAGCCCGAGGUGUCGCUGUCCAAAUCAGACUCUAAGCUCAACGUUCAUCUCUGGCGACAAAUCACCCAGCCCAGGAACAAAAAUGGCGAUUCCAGGACUGCUCCAUCAUCUCCCAACCAUUCUCCUUCAGAGAACAAGGGCAGCUUCUUCAAGGCUCAGGAAGCCAAGUUUGAGGACACCAGAAGGAGGUUUUCGGAAGCCAUGCAGGAGCCACUCAGCAGGCUCAGCAAAAUCAUUGGGGAUGAGAAUAACAUGUCCCCCAAGCUCCGAUUACCCCUCUCCGGGCACCAGCAAGGUGCUGAUUUCCUUUCUCAUCCUUUCAAGGGCUCUCCCAUCUUGGAGAGCAAUUUGGAACAUCCCCUCCAUGAGACAGAUUGGGCUGAGACCAUUUCAUCGGGGAGAGGGGAAAUGGAAGAGCGGAAGUGGGACCCCUCUCCACAUUGCCAGCAGGAAGAGGGCCCCUAUGGUGAUGUCUUCCAGGAGAUUGAGACGACUGAGAAAAAAAGCAAGGCCACAGGCGAAAUGCAGACUCUCUCACCUCUUGGGGCAGUCCAGCCCCCCAAGUGCUGCAGCCCAGUGCCAUGUAAAGUUCUCACCUGGAUUGCCAUCUUGGCCUACAAUUACCUGGUCCUCCCAUUGCCUCCUUAUAUCUCCGGCCUCUGCCUCGGCUUAGCCUGUGGGUUCCUUCUCGGUCUCCUGGUUAUUUUACUGCUGGUGCCAAAGCGUGCCCUGUCCCCACAGAAAAGGCCCCCUCCUCAGAGCAUGCUGCCCUUGCAAACGAUACCUCAACAGCCAUGGGACCUCCAUGUGCUCAAGGGUUGGAUGAAUGAAAUGCAUUUUUAUGACCCUGAGAUUUAUCAUCCUUCUCUGACCCAUUCCGUAUUUGUGACCUUAGAAAACUCCAACCUGACGUUAUCUUAUCCCCAAAGCAGCAUCCCUCGGCGAGCCACCUUUGGGGAAGAGAACUUUGAGGUGGCUUUUGUGACCCACCGACUUUAUGAUAUGAGUGGAGCCAAGGUCUUCCUCUUCCCAUCUGGGCUGGCUCGCAAAAGGAUGUGGAACAAAAAAUAUCCCAUAUGCCUUCUUUUCCCAGAAGAAGUGGAUCUGAAGACCAAAGCACUAGCAGCAAAAGGCCAAGAUGUGGACUCUCCAGGAGAGGAGAACCCAAAGAAGAAAGAAGGAUCAGGGCAAUGCCAAGCUGAGGCCCAAGAAAGGACACUUUAUCUCUUUGGCAGAACAGGUAGAGAUAAGGAAGAGUGGUAUCAAUAUCUCAGGAGGGCCUGCCAAGCUGAACACCAUGAGCUACACCACACCAGGCAAGGUGAACUCUUCUCAGGUAUAAUCCAGUCCAUUCCUGCAGAAAAGGAGAUCCACAAUCACAGCAGCGGCAGCACAGAAGAUCUGCUCCCUGCAACUAAGCCCAAGGAGCUGAGCAUCAGUAGCCAAGAAAAACUCUUACUGGAUUACAAUGUGUAUAUGUCCCAAAUCAUUCCAGCAGUUACUGACUCCGACCCAAAGUCCUGCUCCAAUAUAGCAGACAGCCCUGGUUCCAAAAAGUUCCCUGGGGAUGGAAAUAUGACCCCCAACCCCCCUACAGUUUGGGUCAAUGCAAUGCUUGGCCGAGUGUUUUGGGACUUUCUAAGGGAAAAAUAUUGGGCAGAUCAAGUUUCAGAUAAAAUUCAGAAGAAACUGGGCAGAAUCAAGUUGCCAUAUUUCAUGAAUGAGCUCAGCCUAACUGAUCUGGAGAUGGGGACCUCCAUCCCACACAUACUUGGCACUUCUAGCCCCACUGUGGAUAACCGAGGCCUUUGGGUGGAUAUGGAAGUGACCUAUCAAGGAACCCUGAAGAUGACCCUGGAGACCAAGAUGAACUUGUAUAAAUUAGGCAAAGAAGACCUGGAGGAGGAAAACGGGAAAGCAGAUAAGGACAGAAAAGGCAUAAAACCCCGUGUAGACCUGUUGGCUGAGAGUGAUGCGGAGUCCUCCAGUGCCGGUUCUUCUGAGGAAGAAGACAUGCCCGUUGUGGAGCUCUCGGGGAUCCCCGGAGAAAGGAAAACCCCUCCUGGCAUUGAAGGCUACAUCAGUGGUGGUAGCACCAGUCGGAAGAUUUUGCGUUUUGUGGACAAGAUUGCUAAAUCCAAAUAUUUCCAGAAGGCCACUGAAAAUGAAUUCAUUAAGAAGAAGAUGGAAGAGGUUUCCAACACUCCACUGCUUUUGACUGUGGAGGUCCAAGAUUUGACAGGCACAUUGGCUGUGAACAUCCCUCCACCUCCAACAGAUCGAAUCUGGUACAGCUUCCGGAUCCCUCCACAGUUGGAUAUGAAGGUACGGCCACAGCUAGGAGAACGGGAGGUCACCUUCCCCCACAUCACUGAGUGGAUUGAGAAGAAGCUCCAGCAUGAAUUCCAGAAAAUUUUAGUGAUGCCAAAUAUGGAUGAUAUCAUCUUACCUCUGAUGCAUUCUGGUUUGGAAUCCCAGCCUCUCACAGAAGGACCACAGAAAGAACUUCUACCUGAGGAUGUCAGAAACAUGUGAGGUGUUGUCCUCUGGUAGUUGACCUGCUCUAGUCCCCUGAGGGAGCUAACCAGAUACCUGUGCUUGAGAAUAAAGAUUCUCCUCCAAGUCUCCCUGCUGGCCUCUUUUCCCUCUGGAACUGUUUUCAGAUGAAGGAGAUUUGUCUGGAUACGGCUUAUUGAAGAAGAAGAUACUCCAGGUAGGUUACAAGCACCCUGUGUGGUCGAGAAAGAAAAGGCUGCUUGGAAUUCUCUCCAUGUUGCAUCUCUGCAAGUAACUUUAAUUUUAAGUAUCAGUUAAAUGGCAGAACCAUCCAUAACACUGAACAGGGUCUCUGUGAAGGAGGAAGUAAGAGUCCCUUCAGCUAGUGCAAAAGGGAUAACUGGGGUGGGGGAGAUAGAAGCCAAUUGGAGUUGGGGACUCCAAGACUCAAAACUCCUCAGCAAUUUCCAUUUGAGCCUUGAGGAAGGAAAGAUGCUUGACUGACAGUUUUUGAAAAAAAGGAAGGAGUGAUGUUUCCUACUACACAACCUGGGCUAUUUACAGUCUCUCCAUGUUUCUUGGCUAUUGGCAACCUGAAAGCUGGUUACUGAAGCUUUGAUUCUGAAUUCAUUCUGACCCCAGUAUAGGCUGAAGACUAAAGAAUACGGGUCAGGGGAGCCACCAACACUCCUCAGUCCUGAUCCAAAGGUCUCAAAAGAAACAUGACCUAGUCUGAGUUUUAAAACGUGCUCCAGUUCAGAAACUCCUGGGGCCAGGAAGAAGGGGAACGCUGACAGGGAACCUCUUCUCUGAGCAUUACGUCAAAGAACCAACUGCUGCCGCCAGGGGACCAGGGGGCUUUUCUACCCGAGUGCAUGGAUUCUCCACCUGCCUUUAUCCCCACCCUCCCGGCGGCCUAUCUUCCUAUCUACACCUACAGCAAACUGCAGGAGACUUGAAGUUGAUAAGGGGAGGCCCAGGGCCACAUAGCAGCUCCACCAGGCCUCUUAAGCUCUUCACAAUGCAACGUUUCAAGAAAGCAAUAGCAAUGCCCAAGCUGACAUUAGUGAACUAGACACUUCUAUAAGGGCUUUGCCAACCUGGGAUAAUAUACAUCCGAUGGCUGCAAGAACAGGAGGGAAGGUGAAAGAAAAUAAAAGGCUCGGAUCAGUCCUUGAAGUGGGUUUUUUCCCUUUCCUGCUGCGCUUGUUCCUAACUGCCCAGAAUCACUGGGAGUUUGGCAGUACAUACAUUUAAUAAAUUAUUAUUACUCAUGUGACAGAGAAAUUAAACAUUUUUUGUAAUGUUUAAUGCAUUCUGGCACCACUUAUGUUGCAUGGAUUUGAAUUUAGUCAACAAAUCAUGAUUAAAUAAGCUAAUUCACCCUAAUGGUCAUGCUGUUUCCAAAAUUUAAAAAAAUCCUCAUGUUUCAUGGGUAAAGACUUGAGAUCUAGAGAUUGGCAUAAAAAUAAAAUUUCAAAACAUCUUUUCUCGUUCAAAGGCUUUAGCAGUGACAUAAAACAGUUGCAGCAGAAAGAGCUAUCCUGUUUUUGAGUUUCACAUAAGUCUGUUUCCUGUGACAACUGAUCCAUUUGCGAUGGAAAUUUAGGGUUUAUUUUUUAAGCUUUAAACUUCAAACUCAAGCUAACUUUGAGACAGUGUUUUUAUAAAUUGUUAUUUUUCCAAAAGUUAACUGAUUUUUAACUGACUUUCUGCACAUCUUAAAUAUUGUUUAUAGAUAUUGGCCAGAAGUUACAUUUCUAUUUAGGAGUUCAUCUCUUUUUUACUAUCCUUCAAAGGCUUCCAAAGUUUGUUAAGUAUACAUUUUAAUGCCCAAGAACAUUGCCUUGAAAAUCAAAAUUUCCUAUGAUCUGGUUGGAAGCCACAUGAGUAGCAUUAUCUUCACCUCGGAUUGCUGGAUGAAUCAUGUUUCAUAGGUGUCAGGUAUGAGGCAUAUCACCUGUGAUGAUGUCACUUCCCCCUUGGUCCCCCCCACACACAUGCUCAUAGAUGUUCCUCUGGUAACCUGAAAAAAUGUUUGCUAUCAA